AUGCUAAGAAAUCUCCGAUUCCGGCGACGCCCCCGUUACGGCGGCAUUAUAUGCGCCGUCGUUUCAGCACUUCUUCUCUUAACAUCACUCUCCCUCCUCCGCCGUCACACUCACCGUCGCUCCCUCUCUCACGAGAUAAACUUCGACUCCCUCCUCUCCGAUUCAUCGAACGAGGAUACAACCGGCGGAGAGGACACAAUCGACGCACUUGACAUUGUGGAAGAACAGGCUCCGGAAUCAACAACAGACGCCGAGGAAGACGACGAGCCAAUCGAAGAGAGCAACAAAGCUUCAGGCUAUUUCUUCUACCACGUAGAAGGUGUAAUCAGAAGAUCAUUCAACAAGCGAUCGAUGAUGACGAUGACGGAGGAAUCAAAUCAAGGAUUCAGGAUUUUCGAAACGAAUUCGGAGGAUCGCGGGAAGACCGCGUUUGGUUCCGAUGACGUGGCGGUGGACGAGUACGUGAGGACGAAGAUGAUGCAAGUGAAGGGAAUUGAGGACGCGCUUUUGUUGAAAGUUGGUAAGAAGCCUUUGAGAGAAGGUUGGAGUAAUUGGUUUGAUAAGAAAAGUGAUUAUUUGAAGAAGGAUAAGAUGUUGAAGUCUAAUUUGGAAGCUUUGAAUCCUUUGCAUAAUCCUAUUUUACAGGAUCCUGAUAGUUUUGGUCUCACUGGUCUCACCAAGGUUGAUAAACUCUUGCAAAAGUCACUGGUAAAUGAGUUAAAGAAAACUCCAUUUCCUCCUAGGAAAAUCACUAGGGCACCCAAGUUAGCAGCAUAA